AUGUCUACGUCGGACAGCGGUUCCGUCGGAGGGCUGGGGGAAGAGACCUCAGCCACGCAACAGCAACACGCCGAGGAUCCGGCGAUUGCGAGGCUGGAGGGCCAGCUAUCGCAGCUGAUGAGCGUCGUGAUGGAGUUGAAGAGGAAGGAGCCUGGUGACGCCGUGGCGGGCGAUGCCAGUAGGGGCGGCGGUGCUGCCGUCCCAAGCCAGAGAGAGGCUCUGCAGCCCGGGGGCGGCGGGGCAUUUCCGUGGGAAACGGCUCGUGAUGGGCGAAAAUACCCGCGGGAAAGCAGCUGGGACAACAUACCGGGAGCGAGUCCUCGGGUUCCAGCGAGAGUGGCGGCUGGCUGGGCAAGUAGAUCGGGAGCGAAUCCUGAGUGGCCAGCCGGAAUGAGCCCGGGCGUAGGACCGGACCGCGGGGAAGCGAGGGGGUUAACCCCCCAAGGACCGAAGCGGGAUGACGAGAGUGGAGGGGAGCGGCCGGUGAGGGAGGCCAUCGGCAGCAUGAUGUGGGUGUCGACGUUCACGCGCCCGGACAUCUGCUUCGCCGUGCGUGCGGUAGCGCGCCAUGCCCAUGCCCCUGCCGAGAGGCACUGGAAGGCGAUCGUGAAGAUCCUCGCCUACCUCAAAGAGACGAGGGACCUCGGGAUCACCUACAAACGGGGAUCGGGGUUGGGGCUGGAGGUGUACGUGGACGCUAGCUACGCCGACGCUGAGGAUAGGCGUUCGGUGUCAGGGCUGGCAACAACGGUUGGAGGGACCGUCAUCAGCCACGGUAGCAAGACGCAAGCUAUCGUAUCUUUGUCGUCUACGGAGGCAGAGUACAUUGCUGCCGGGGAGGGUGUGAAGGAAGCUUUGUUUGUGCGUGCAGUGCUUUCGUUUAUUGCCCCAGAGACCAGUGGCAGCAGCAUUCAGGUCCUUGAGGACAAUCAGGGGGCUAUGGCUUUGGUGCAGAACCCCCUUAGCUCAGCGCGUAGCAAGCACAUCGACGUGCGGUACCACUUCAUUCGUGGAUUGUUUAGGUCGGGGGAAAUCUCGAUCAAGUUUGUGUCGACGUCGGAGCAGCAUGCCGAUGUGCUUACCAAGGCUCAUAGCAAGAGCAGUCUGCAGUACCACCGGCGCAAGUUGAUGAAUUUGCCGGAGUAG